UUUAUAUUUGGGUUCUGUGUAUUUAGAGUUGGGCCAACUUUUAGAAUUUGGGAUAUUGUUCUAAUUCAAGACGUUCAGUGACAUAACAUUUUUUAAAUAUUCCCCAUGUAAUGUUAAUGGGGAACAUGGCUGCAUGUGGUAGUGUCAUGUAAAUGCAUCAUAAUGCUCAUUACAGACAUUCAGUUUUAUAGUUUUAAAAAUAUAUAUAUUCCCCAUGUAAUGUUAAUUGGGAGCUAACAUGGCUGCCAUAAAAUGUUGAAGUGGCAUGUAAAUGCAUCGUAAUGCAGAAACCUCUUCAAACGGUGCUGUUUUUGGUACGGUAGCUACUCCGUCAGCCACAGGCAGAAGGGCUGUACAGGGAAAGGGAGGGCUGACGGCGAGGCAAAGUGGGGAGAGAGGAGAGGAAGAACUUGGGGCCUGACCACCACAUCUUUUCAUGCGAACUCGGGGCCUGACCACCACAUCUUUUCAUGCGAAGAAACUGCACUGUCAAAAACGUUAGUAAUUAGUCCUGUUUUUGGUCAUCCGAAAACGACUCUGGCCCGGGCCUCAGUCCGCGGUCUUGAGUUAGAUAGCGGAGUGUGAUUGAAGCACGUCUAUCCGUGUCCCAGCACGUCUUUUCCACCAAGGAGGUAAUAAUGGGUGACAGCAGAGCUGUUUUGAGAAAAAAGUUGCUGUUAACUGCGGAGCUGCAUUGAUGCGCUGUCCCAAAGCCAGCCAGCCGCGAAAAGCAUCCUUAGGGCAACCCCCGGUUCUGAGCCGUCUGCAUGAUCCUAAAGCCAGCCCUCUGAUACCGCUACACUGCAUUUGCCUUUUAAUCGGGAUUAGAAUGAUUUUAGUGGCCUAUUUUUAAGUUGGUGUUGAUCUAGGGUUUGCAACUGCCAUACCCAAUUGACACCCAUGACCCCUGUAAUAGAUUCCCGCAGCCCAGACAGCUCCUCUGUGUCCUCCCCUCCCUCGGGCCAGCGCUCGCCACCCCUGACCCCCACAGCUGCUGCCAUGACUUCUCUGCCUCCCGUCACUUCGGCCGUCAACAGCCCCAUCAGCAGCAUGGGCUCGCCCUUCUCUGUCAUCAGCUCCUCCCUGGGGUCACCCUGCCUGCCCGGGACACCCUCGGUGGGCUACGGCCCCAUCAGCAGCCCCCAGAUCAACUCCACAGUGUCCAUGUCGGGGCUGCACGCGGUCAGCAGCUCGGAUGACGUGAAGCCUCCGUUCGGGCUGGGAGGCCACAGCCCAGGGGGCCCCAUGCUCUCCCAAAAGCGCCUGUGUGCCAUCUGUGGUGACCGCUCCUCCGGUAAGCACUACGGAGUGCACAGCUGCGAGGGCUGCAAGGGUUUCUUCAAGCGCACGGUGCGCAAGGACCUGAGCUACACCUGCCGGGACAACAAGGACUGCCUGGUGGACAAGCGCCAGCGCAACCGCUGCCAGUACUGCCGCUACCAGAAGUGCCUGGCCUGUGGCAUGAAGAGGGAAGUGGUCCAAGAUGAACGACAGAGAUCCGUGCAGGAAGAGCGCCAGAGGAACAAGGAGCGGGAAAGCGAGGUGGAGUCGACCAGUGCCAUCAACGAGGAGAUGCCCGUGGAAAAGAUCCUAGAGGCAGAGAUGGCCGUGGAACAGAAGACCGAGCUGCAUGCCGAUGGGAGCUCCGGGGACAGCUCGCCCAACGACCCGGUCACCAACAUCUGCCAGGCUGCAGACAAGCAGCUGUUUACCCUGGUGGAGUGGGCCAAGAGGGUCCCCCACUUCUCUGAGCUGGCCCUGGAUGACCAGGUCAUCCUGCUACGUGCCGGUUGGAACGAGCUGCUGAUCGCUUCCUUCUCUCACCGCUCCAUCAGUGUGAAGGACGGCAUCCUAUUGGCCACCGGCCUUCACGUGCACAGGAACAGCGCCCACAGUGCCGGCGUGGGAGCCAUCUUCGACAGGGAGAGUGCGCACAAUGCAGAGGUUGGAGCCAUAUUUGACAGAGUUCUCACGGAGCUGGUCAGUAAGAUGAGAGACAUGCAGAUGGACAAGACAGAGCUCGGCUGCCUCCGAGCCAUCAUCCUCUUCAACCCAGAUGCCAAGGGCCUGUCCAGCCCCAGUGAAGUGGAAUUGCUGAGGGAGAAGGUGUACGCAUCGCUGGAGUCCUAUUGUAAACAGAGAUACCCCGACCAGCAGGGCAGGUUCGCUAAGCUCCUCCUCCGGCUGCCAGCGCUGCGCUCCAUUGGCCUGAAGUGCCUGGAGCACCUGUUUUUCUUCAAACUGAUUGGCGACACCCCUAUCGACACGUUCCUCAUGGAGAUGCUAGAGGCGCCCCACCAGCUCACCUAAGAACCAGGUUCUGCCCUGGUCCAUUUUGCACCAGUGGUUCUAGUUCUGGCACCCUGGUUCUAGGGCUUCACCAUGUCUGCUGGCUUUUAUGUUCCGCUCACACCAACCCCCCCCCCCCAUAUGCUUUCAAACACACACAUAAUCAAAUACUUUUUCACAGUAGGGGUUAAGACGCAUUGAAAUAUCUCCUUUUUAACUGCAUAUACAAGUUUUAGCAUGAGUUAGCCUUCAGCUUUGAGUGUCAACGCUUCUGCGAAUCAAGGUAGACCUCUCAGCUUCUUGUGGGGUUCGUAGGUUAUUCAGAUACAUUGCUGUGCGCAUAGAUAUGACGAGUGGCUUACUCCGUCUUAGGCUUUACUCUUGGGUUUAACCCAAACACGUCAUGAUCAGGUGCGAAAUAUUUCAAUCAACUGUCACCCAACUUCUAUUGGUCGGGACACAGCCAAUAGAGGCAGACACGCCCCUCUGUGUUCACCAAUCCGAAUGGGAUUUGAAUACUAUGCUUUAUUCAUGCUUAAAUGCUCUGAAUUCAUUCUGAAGUACUGUACUCUUAAAAUGAGACCUUUUUAAGGCAUUGAAAUCCAAGGAGGGGGCACUUUGGUUGGCCCUUAAAGCUCACACCAGGCUUUCAAAGAGAGAAACUGACUUGUAAAGAUGUGUUCUUUAUUGCAUUUUGCUGUUUGUUCUCUUUAAGUCCAAACAAGGGCCAUUGGGCACAGGAAGUGCAACCUUGUUCAAGAGCACUGCGUUCAUUGGUGCUGUUGUAGAUGUUUCUUUUGUUUGACACCCUCUACUUUGCUAAUGGUCAUUUUUGCACUCUGUGAAACAUUACUGUGUAAGUAAACAUUUGUUGCAGAAACCUAUCUUGCCCGUCUUUAAGAAACUGGGGCAACCACAAAGAAUCUCUCCAGCUCUCAUCAUAUGUCUUCUGAAGAGCCACGGUGUUAAUGGCCGUGCUUCGUUCUGUGAAAUGGCCAUCCGGUCUAAGAAAGCCUUGAUAUCAUUCGAUAUCUUGUUCCAGUGGUCUACUGUACCCCUACAAUUCCCCUUCUGAAUCCUCCGUUUGUGUCAUUCAAGUGCUUGCAGCCUCUUUCCGUUAACUUUUUAACAAUAUGUAAAUACGAUGACACAUCUACUCCUUCACUAGAGCACGACUGGGCAAUCCCAAUAUGUGCAUACAGUAGGGAAAACACGGGGUUAGCAAGCAUGUUAGCACACAACAAAAAGUAUUCCCCGAUAGCAAUAUGAACAGAUAUUGUACACUUUCAAUAUGUACUGUAAAAAAAAAAAUAUAUAUAUAUAUAUAUAUAUAUAUAUAUAUAAUCGUAAAGGGUUUUACCCAUAGACUGGAUCUUAAGCUUGAAAAACCCACCUCGUUGUGACUGACUAUUAGGUCUAGUUGUUGUGCUAGUAGUUUCGUCACUCUUGACGCGAAUGGUAUUCUAUAGGGCUGCUGUGUCACGGGCAGGGCGAUAGACCCCACGCCCUUAGCCUGCCCAGCCUGUGACAAUACUUUGUGUUUUAUUGUGGAGCUGAUUGGUUGGCUUCAGCCGAUGACCCUGCCAGCCAUCUACCGUGACUCUAUUGUGUGGUCUUACACAAACGUAAACAAUAGGGGCCGAUUCAGCUCCCUCAUAACAGAACUAGCUGUCAACACAUUACAAACUUUGAACUGAAAUAUUAAAAGAGCAUCAUUACACACAACGUGAGCAAUAUUGGCAGAUGCAUAACGAUUGAGACCAUAUUGUGUGCAUAGAAGGAUUUAGAUGUGUGGGUCGUUUUCUGAAGUAUUUGGAGAUUGGUAUUAUUUACCUUUCAGAACAGAAAUUAGGAUGUAGAAUAGAGAAUGCUGUAUCGCGUACUGGACAGAAUUCCAACUGUCCUAAAGUUGGGUGCUACACGACUCAUGUGGUCUUACAAUUAUAGAUGUGCUUGUUUACACCAGUGGAGGCUGGUGGUAGGCGUUAUAGGAGGAUGGGCUCAUUGUAAUGGCUGGAAUGGAAUUUAUAUUUGAGUCAUUUUAGAAGACGCACUUAAACAGAUCGACUUAGAGGAGCAAUUAGGGUUAAGUGCCUUGCUCAAGGGCACAUCGACAGAUUUUUUCACCUAGUCGGCUCAGGGAUUAGAACCAGCGACCUUUCGGUUACUGUAACCGCUAACCUGCCGCCUGUUCAAUAGAAUGCUGUCAAACACGUUGUUUCCAUGUGUUUGGUACCAUUCCAUUCCCUCCAUUACAAUGAGCCCGUCCUCCUAUGGCUCCUCCCACCAAUGCAAACACAGUACACAAGCAAAACGCCAAGAGUGUGCAAGUACACACCCUCCACCUUUUUUCCCCUCUUGAAACCGAGGUCUACUUAUAAUAGGAUUCCCACUCGGCCGUACUCUUUUCAGCCGAUCUCCUACAUUGACUUGCAGUCAGGCCUUUCUGGCGGGAGAGGAACACCUCCCCCAUGUAAUGUGGAUAUGGAGGAUGAUACCUGUCUAACAGGAUGUCCUACUCCAAGCCUGUGAACAGGCCGUGGGGGCACUGUAGACCAUUUAUAUGCCCGUCGGGUUUAUGUACGUCUAUACAUGUCAACAUGAAUCAGUCGCUGCAGAAUAAAAAUGAACGAGUAGAACUCGAGAUCAGUCUUAAGGAAUUUAGUCCCACAGGGUAGAGUCUACUCUCUCUGUGUAUCCCCAGUGUGAACCACAAUCUUGUCACGAUGUUGGCAACAACCCCUCGUGUAAUUCCCUCUGUUUUUUUUUUGUUGGAGCUUCCUCAUUUGAAUGUGAACGCAUUUCAAUCUCCCAUUUCUUAACAGUAGAAAAGCCUGACCUUGAGGGACCCCACUUCAAGCCAAAAUGAGUCUUUGACUCCAACAUUCUAACAGUCUAAUAAAUUAAUUUCAUAUAUGAUAUUGGAAAAAUAAUAUUUUGCUUGUGUUUUUGAAGGUCUUAGAUAACAGAAUGCCAAAAAAAGUAUUGUUUCAAAGAACGAAAUAGCAUUUUCAUUAGUUUGUUACUGUAGGCUAUUUUGUUUUCUCAUGCUCAAGUGUAGAGCUCGUGGAACAGAGGUAAUUAUUGGAAAAGUGAUAUUUAGAAAUCAGUCUUACCUGCAUGUGACUCUGUAGGAGGAUUUGAAAAAGUCACUUGGUCGCUCCGGAAAAAUAUAUAUCCUCUUUAAAACUGCUUAUAACACAAAAUGCUAACAUGCGUGUGUUAAAUAGACGUAUUUAGGAAAAGUCCGACUGAGGGAGGCAUGACUUUAAAAAUGACAGAGCUAUUUCAAUUUCAUAUUUAGUCAAAAUGACUCACUUGCCUCUUCUAGUGCUGUAACAGUGCAUUUUAAAGCGAAUCCCUUGUUAUGUUGUGUCUUGUCCUAUAAAAUUCAGUUUAGCUGUAAGCAGAGAUACAGUAUACGUAUAACAGCCCUAUAAGAAUUCUACAGGUUCUAUAAGCUAAGCAUUUUCAGGUUGUUCAGGCAGACAGUUUAUCAGAAUUAUUUAAACUUUUUUUUGAACUGCCUGUACACUAUGUUUAUGUGCCUGUGUUGAUUAUGUCACUAUGUCCACUGUGUACAAUGAGGUCUUGGUCUGGUUAUACCAGCAAGCUCGGGUGUGCUGCAGCAUGGAAAGAGGUUUACAACAACACAGAAAGAUGCACAGAAGAGCAGGGCCGCAAGCGAAGUGGGGGCCUACAUUUGCAUACACGUUGCCCGGGCCCUUCUCUUCCCUUGCCAACCGAGUGCAGUGUCCCUUUGGUAUUACUUGAUGGCAGUGCUGCGGCGGUCUUCGCCCUUGGAGACAGACCGCCGGCGUGCAGCCCAAAGAUGCGUGUCCCUCGUGACCGCGUGCACUCAAGGCAGACGCCUGGACCUUUUCAUUACGUUCAUUUAUAUUCAACUUACUUUUGAAAACACUUGCUUAAAAAAAACACACGCUUAAACGUUUGCAUCCUGUGAAGCUGUCAUGUGUUUGUAUCUAGCGGGAUGCAAUACUUAUUUAAUAGACACCCUGGUGCAAAGGUCAACUCUAUGAUCAAAACACCCCAUGCGAUUGGUUGGUGCCACCCCUGUGAUGACGUAACACUGCCGAACAGGUGUGAAGGCCAGCGUUGAUGCUGUGCCACGCUGAGGUCCCGUGGAUGACUGUUGAGUGUUCAGAGUGUUGUGCUUUGUCACUAAAGAACUCCCCUUUAUAAGAAAGGUGCCACAGCAAGGGGGAGGGGCACUAGUCGGGGUGGUCCCUAUGGUGAUUUAUACUGUGCAUUGGUGCUUUUUUUUUGUGGCCAAGAGGGCAGAGUUACAAGCUAGGAACGUGCACUGAUAAUUUGACUAUUUGGAUCACGGUUUUGUCUUCCGUGUCCAGCGCAAACAGGAGUGUGUUUACGUAGAGAAAUAUGCAUUGGACACUGCCAGCAAAACUUGGCUUAAGCUGAGGAAAAAAUUGGAGCCAAUGCAUAGAUCCCAAAGGUGCGCGCUGAAGUCACGCCUCUGGAUAGUGUCCCAUUACGCGGAUGAACUGGAGGGGAGGGCCAGCUCAACAUGCUCAGAGGAGGAGAAUGCGUUCAAAGUGGGAUAAGUGCUUAGGGUGAUAGACUCACUUGAUCAGAUGAUGUUUUGUUGAUCAAGAAAAGCUGUUUUCGUUAGAUCUGGAGAUUUCCUGUCGUUGAUUCCCGCCCAAAUACACUGCUUCUCUGUUGUGCUUGACUCUUUCCUUUGACCGCGCGAUUCAUCUGUAUUCAGGACUAUUAAACACACGCAGGAACUGUUAUAUCACAUGGGAUUUUCAAUUUCCUUUUUCUCAUGUCUAGUUUUUUUGUCAUUUUAUCUCUGACUCCAACAUACAUGUGGAAAUGAUUGACUGUUUUGGGGAAGGAAAGGCUUUUUUUUGUCAUUUAAUUUGGAAUCUGUUUCUGUUGUAUCAUGUCCGAGUAAAGGUUUUAAUACUGUA